UUUCAAAUUCAUUGCGGCGGUGACAGGUUGUGUUGUAGACUUGUAGCUUUGCUGUUGUUGUAGGCUUUUGUUGCCGCUUAACCUAUUUAAAACAUCUUAGCACAAUUAAUUCAUCCAAAAUGAAAGAUCCUAAACAUACACAGACUCCAAUAGAAGAUUUAGCAGAGUUACGAAGUUAUUUCGCUUCACACAAUCUUGUUCGCGAAUAUGUAGCCCAUUCUUCUAAAGUGCACUCUGUGGGGUGGUCUUGUGAUGGCAGAAAACUAGCAUCGGGUUCAUUUGAUAAGAGUGUGGCUACAUUUACGCUGGAAAGAAACAGAUUGGUGCAAGACUACAUAUUCAAAGGGCAUACUGGCUCUGUUGAUCAACUGUGUUGGCAUGCCUCACACCCUGACUUGCUGAGUACAGCUAGUGGAGACAAGUCUGUGAGGAUUUGGGACACAAGGACACAUAAAUGUGCUGCAACAAUAGCAACAAAAGGAGAGAACAUCAACAUUGCUUGGUCUCCAAAUGGCAGCACCAUUGCAGUCGGCAACAAGGAGGAUCUAGUCUCAUUCAUAGACACUAGGACAUAUAAAGUUGUGGUAGAGGAGCAGUUUAACUUUGAAGUGAAUGAGAUCUCAUGGAACAACACAUCCGACUUGUUCUACCUGACCAAUGGACUGGGCUGCGUACAUAUAUUGUCGUACCCCUCUCUAGAACUGCAGACAGUGCUGAAGGCGCACCCGGGCACAUGUAUCUGUAUAGAACAUGAUCCCACCGGCCGGUACUUCGCCACGGGCUCCGCUGACGCCCUCGUCUCCUUGUGGGAUGUCAAUGAGCUCGCCUGCCUUAGAGUAUUUUCCAGACUAGAGUGGCCGGUGCGCACGUUAUCGUUCAGUUUCGACGGCAGACUGCUCGCGUCGGCCAGCGAAGACCACAUCAUCGACAUUGGAGACACAGAGACAGGAGAAAAAGUAGCGGAGAUCCCAGUGCAAGCGUCGACGUUCACAGUAGCGUGGCACCCGUCUCGCUACCUGGUGGCCUUCGCGUGUGAGGACAAGGAGCCGCCGGAGAGGAAGCGAGAUGCUGGCAACCUCAAACUGUGGGGACUGCCUAACUCCAGCUAAAUGUAAUAUGGUAAUUGGUAUGUAUGGUAAUGGUUUCAAUUAAUCCUAAAUUAGGCACUUUUGAAACGUCAAAUUGAAUUGUCCGUCAGUCAGUGAAGCUAGGCGAAAUCUCUUACUACCGAUUUCAGUAACAAUACUGAAAUCGGUUCAGUAACUAUCUUCUCAAUAAUUUUAUUUAUUCUUACAUUCUUUUUUAAAAUGCUAUGGAUUUUCUUUUAUGUUGUGGGUGCAUUCUUUUUAUCUUAAUAGUUGUAUUGGACUUUUGAUGAAAAACUGAGAUCGGUCCAGGGAUUUUGGAGUAAGAUCACUUAAUAAUUUCGGUCGUGAAUCUAUGUAGGUUUUUUGUAUAUUAACUUUUCGUGAGACAUAAGAGUGCUAAUUUAAGUGAAAUAUUAGGUGUUCUAAAAUUAUCUGUAACGGCUUUAAUGGGAGGUAGUGUUGUGUGUAAAGAUUACAAUAGUAAAUAACAUUAAAGCCGUGGCAGAUACUUUUAAAGCUCCUUAUAUACGACUUACGAGUAAAGCUCUACUAGUUUCAAGUCACAACGGGACUCUUAUUCAUGAGCAGCGUGUGACGACGUCGCAUAGCCUAUUAAGUCAGUUGGCUUGUAACUCGCAGAGCUUUCCUUCAUUAGUUUAAUGUGUUAAUGUAAGUAAGCUAAACAAUAAAGAUCUUAGUUU